AUGCUGGCCGACCACUAUCGAUACCUGGUUGUGGUCGUCGGGUUGCUGUGUCUCGUCUCCAUCUGCUCCAACUAUGUCGUCAUCAACUUCACCUUCAUCUGUAUGAAAGACGACUUCUCCGCCGGCUACUAUUCUCUGUCAGAAAACAAGGUUCACUUUAAUGAGAAAAAGACGAAAUGAAGUAACAAAAAUGAGACAUUGAUCUAUGAUGUGAGAAAGUGUGAUGGAUGAGUGACCUGUGACCAGAGGUAGAGGAAAACGUAGUUGGUGAUGAAGUGAGUCCAAAUCCAAGCAUUUUUCGAACGGAGAGUUUAUGAAAAUAAGAAACUUUUUUUUUAGCUGGUUCAAAAAAUCCAAUUAUAUCCAAAUUUAUUUGAAUAGAAAAAACUUUUAUCGAAAAACUAUGCGAAAAAAAAUGAAACUAGGUAAAUUUUUAAAAUACCUUUCUUGCAACUAUCUAUAAUUUUUUGAUGUCUCCUAAAGUUCUUUGCAACAAAAGUUUUGAACAUCGGCGUGAGAACAAUAAAAUGAUUUCAGACACGGAGCGUGUUCGACUACACACCCGACGAGAAGAAGUACAUAAUCUGGGCGGUCGCCGUCGGCACCAUCACCGGCACUUUUCCAAUCAACUACUUUUUCGUUCGUUAUGGAGCCAAGUAUGUUUGAAACCGCGUGAUUUCUACCAUUCCUACCGUAAAAGGUGGCCCUUCUUCUUGUGCGGAAUCCUCUCCGCAGUGACGACGUCCUUGAUUCCGUUUGCCGCGACAUUCAACUACACCAUCUUGCUUUUUGUCAGAUGUCUUCAAGUAGGGCAAAUUACUUUUUACUAAUAUCCAUUCAGACAGUUUUCCGCUUCGACAAUGCUAAUAGGAAAUCUUAGCGGACUAAAGUCUGAAAGAAGCUAAGAAGCCGCAGUUGAAUUAUGAUUAACAGCUUAGCUGGACUACAUCCUGAUUGACAGUUUUGGAUCCGAAAAAGUAUACACCUGAUUCGGAUUUCGAUGCAGAAAACAAAACUCGGAAAAAUAUUGGCCCAAACUGAAAAAAAACUUUUUUCUUUUUUCUUUUUUAAAUUCCUUGAAACUCAUAUCUUCAAAAGAGCGGACAAUUCAACCUAAAACUUUUGUCCAAAGAUUUCUAAAAUGCCCUCAGUUUUCAUUUUUUUCCAACUACUUUAACAGGGGGUCUCGUUCGCUGCCGACUUCGCCGCCAUCGGCAUGUUGACCGUGCGAUGGGCUCCCCUCAGUGAGACGGCCAUCAUUCUUUCCGUUCUCACCUGCUUCACGUCGCUUUCCUCCGUUUUCACCAACGCCGCCUCCGGACCCGUUAGUUCCACCGUUGAUGGAAACAAAAAAUGAAGUUUAGCUGUGCGAAGAGUUCGGCUGGCGAAUGGCCUUCUACAUGCAUGCCGUUAUCGGAACCGUUCUUUUUUUGGUCUGGCUCGCUGUUUACACCGACAAUCCUCAUCUUUCAACUCGAAUUUCCAAAAGAGAGCAGAGGAAAAUCCAAAAGAACAAAUCCGAGCAGCAUAUCAAGAACAAAGACACUAACGUGCCAUACAAGGUGACGAAAAGUGUUGAUGAGACAAAAUCGGUUUAGAAGCAGCCUUUUGCGUAAUCCCUGUACUUACAAAAACCUCACCUCCAAUGGUAACGUUCAGAAGCUACUCACAAGUCCAGUUCUGCUGACUGUGUGGUUCAACGCGUUCGCCGAGAUGUCCGUCAUCAUGUUUCUGCACACCUACGCUCCAACAUUCUUCAACCGAGUUCUCAAGUUUGAUGUUGGUUUCUUCGUUCGCUUUUCCUUUUUCAGCUUAUGACUGAUUCAGGUCGCUGAAACGGGCUAUCUUGUUGCCAUGGCUGUUCUCGUUCAGAUCCCGAUGAAACUUGUGGGAGGCUUUAUCAGCGACAAGGCCAAGUGCGCAAAGCUACAUUUCACGGAAAAAAAGUAUUCUCUCAGGUGCUUCUCAGAGAAGAGCAAAAUGCUUUUCUUCAACACAAUCGCCGUAGGAGUCGUCGGAGUCCUUUUCUGCAUACUAGCGUAGGUCUUGUAAGAGGACCUUUGGGAACUUUUUAUUCAGUUACAUCCCGCCUUCUCAUCAUUUUCUGGCUGUCAUUCUUUUCUCCAUAAUUUUCACAUGUCUAAGCUUCAACACUGCCGGCUUCUACAAAUGCGCAACGCUCCAUACACGGUGAGAAACCUCGUUUGAUGUUGAUUUAGCUAAACUGAUUUUAACUACUUCUAAUCUAUCGCAAAAAUCGUGUACUCAACACUCAUGAUGUAAGUUUUUUGAGACUAAUUUCGAGAAAACGGUUUCUGCCGAAUGAGAGAAUAGAUGCUCACCGAGGACAUCAUUGCAGGCAGUUCGCGCACGUAGUUAUCGCAUCGAUUCAAUGGAUGAAGUCGGUGGCUCUGAUCACGGGGCCGGCCCUGGUCGCCGCCGUCGUCAAAGACGAGACUGACGUCGGCCAAUGGCGCGUCGUUCUCAUCGCCCUCGGCUCUCUUAUGAUUCUCGUGAGCUUCUUCUCCAUCGAAGUCAACUAUCCACUUCUUUCCAGGCCAACGCCCUCUCCUUCUUUGUCUUCACGGAUAAACCUGCCCCAUGGACUUCUUCAAAAGUCGCCCCAGUUCAAUUUGAGAGCAAAGUGGCGGAAGUCGAGAUAAUCGGCAAGCCGAGGGAUGUUUGAACAAACUUUACUAAUUUAAAUUCAUUUUUUGCAUUUUUUCGGGUGUUUUUUUAUUUUUUUAUUUUUUUGAAGAAACUAAUAAACUGGUUUAUCUAUGCUCAAAUCAUUACAUAUUUUUCCUUAUCGUUCUUUUUUUAAUUAUUACCUUUACUCAGUUUUUGAAAUUUAUUGAAAGUUUUUUUGUUUUUCAAACUUUAAAGUUAAAAAAAUUAUUUUUAAAGAGGUUUUUUUCUUGGAAUUUAUAUCCAGUCGACUUUGACAACUAACCAGAGAGAUACAAAUAGCCACGUACUAAAAUUUAUAUUGACGCCUUCAAAAAAGCUGGAAAUCUGAGUAGGGCAAGAUAAAAAAGAUUUCAAGCAAGAAAAUCAGAAAGCCGGAGGUUCCCGACUUUUUCCGUCCACAAUCACUUUUUGUUGUUGUUUAGUUGACCUCCGUGGCCGUCGGUGUUUGCUGUAGACGUUGGUGUGCAUGCAGGAUUUCGGCGUGCAUCUGCCCGUACUAAAACAUCUGCCUGCCGCCUGGCCGCACCUCAAUUUGUGCGUUUCGACACGCUUCUCAAUGGGCAUGUGUCCAGAUGAACCAUUUGUCAAACGCCAAGGCGUUUUCCCACUCGCCGCUCCUUUUUUCGACAGAAUGGUCACUCCGAGAAAAAAAACGAUUCCAAAAAAGGAAGUGACUCGUCGCCAAGGUGAUGUCGUACUCUCCGUCGCAAAUGACAGAAAAUCGCGGAUUUUCUUUUCAGAAUCCUAAAGGUUAGGCCAUACCGAAAUCGAAUACUUCUUGGAAGUUUGAUCGGUACUUAAAAUGUUCGGUAUUGUGAAGUUUCUGGAGUGGAUCCAAGUAUCUAAAGAGAGGAAAUUCAAGUCAAUGUUUGAAGUUUAGGGAUAAUAAAGAAAAUACUGUAUACAAUGAUUGUUGUUGAAAGUAAUUGGUUUACUGACUUUAUGAAAAGCUCGAAAUUUCUUUUUAAAUAAUCAUACAUAAAAAUUUUUUUUGUUUUAAAAUUUUAGCGCUUACUUGCUUGAGAACUUUACAGUACUUCUUUACUAAUUUCGUUCGAUUUAUCUCUUUGAAUUGAUUGAGUUUUUUGGUGAAGAGCCUCCCAAAAUCAAAAUUCCCUGUAUAGUUCGCAGUGGAAUUGUGGAGAUAAUUGGGACUGACUACCUAAUUCUCGCCGUAAAACGGUGGAGUCUCAAUGUCUAUAACAGGUGUCGAGAAUUGGCACCGCCAAUUAGUCAUCGUAAAACGUCGCGAUUUGCAUAUACAGUAACAUGUGUGCGACAUGAAAUAUGAUGUAGGGCUGCGUCGGAUGAAGGCAACGUGCUCAUCUCGAUAAACACACGUCUCCUGAAAACAAGCGAAUCCAUCAUCCCGACGAAGUCUUGUUUUCAGGCAGAGUCAACCUCAUCGGCGCCGCUUGUUUCUCGGUUAAUCUCCUUUUCGGGAGUCCCCAGCUGACACACACACACUUGUUGCGAUUGUCUGAAUGCGAUGACCUUCGCCCCAUGUCAUAACAACCUAAGCUUUUGAAGUCGAAUCAUCACCAAGAGACCAAGAAGGUAAUUCAACUUCCUACGUUGAAAGUUAUUGAAGCUUGUCGAACGCUCGUCGAUGCUGAUAAUAAUUUUUAAAAUUUCCGUAUGCGAAAAUUGGAUCCUUCAGUCUGGUUUUAUAUUCUCUGUUGAAAAUCUUUAGAUUUGAAAAUAUUUACCCCAGAUUGCAUAUUAUGAAGUCAGUUUGUUUUCAAACAUCGUAUUUUGUAGAUUUCUGAUGAAGUUCCUAUUGGUUCCGAUCUUCUAGUUUCCCGGCUAAUUUGCCUCACCUGAUCCUCUGUUCUGUCAGCCUAUAAAACAAUCGUUUAUCCAAGUUUUUGAUUGUACCCGCAUCUAUGCAUUGGAUAAUCCAUAGCUCGAGAACAGUUUUCUGAAAAGAAAACUUCGGAAAAGACGUGAAGCUGGAAAAGGCAAUUAUCGGUUUUAAAUGCUGUGCAUUUCGACGUGGCAAGGUGAGCGUGUUUGUAGACUCGCCGGUUGGGAGAAGCACAAAACAAUGAAUAAAUGAUGGCGGCGACACGGUGAUUGCCACGUGUCCGUCAAGCCGAACGGCUUGGACUCGGAGUGAAUCUCGCGCAACAGACGUCCUCGCGGCAGGUGGCCCCACGACCUCAUCUGACCUUUCCCUUUUGUGCCGCCCGCAUCUUCAGCUGUUCGUCAAUUAUCCAAUUCAUCCUUAAAUAGCAUAAUCCUUUCACCGACGGCUUGAUUAAGAUCUCGAAAUUCGCACGAUUAUUAGAAAAUAGUUCAUAUUGAACUGCCUAUUAUACGGUUGUAAUGUAACUAAUACUCUACAGUAAUUGUCAAGAAGAUAAUUAUUUGGAAAAAAAAUUUCUUUUUUUCAUACCAUAAUGAUCAACGUUUAUGAGAGAAUAUCAACUACAGAGAAAAUGAACAAGAUCCAAAAAGGUUAUUUUAAAGAUUGAAGCGCAAUUUUGACAGGAGAAGUAUAUAUGGUCAUUCUUUUCAAGAUAACAUUCAUCUAUUUUGUUUUAGGAGGCUGCAAAGUGUAGAAUACAUUGAUUAUCAUACAAACUAAAGUCUAUGAAAAUAGGUGAGCUUGAGUGGUAAUGCACUAGUUGAGACAAUGGUUUUCACGGAAAUUAUUUCAUUAACCUAUUUUUGACAGAGAAAAAAUGUUUGUAAAUGAAAACUCAGAGCUGAGCUCAAUAAAGAAUAUCCCGGAUGUAACCAAGAUCACCCAACUCAUCAAAUAGUGAUGGCUGGAGCAAUAAGUGUGGCAGCUGAUUGGAGUGCAACUCGCAGGUGUCCUGCUGACCCGGUCGUGUUCGCAGUUUAUCGGAAACCGGCAAUUACCUCACUACAGUACGAAGAGGCCGGGGUUCAAGUGUUGGGCCGAUUGUUUGCGCGCAUCCUUAUCCCAUCCACUCAAUUACACCACCAAUUCCCAGCAAUUGCGUCCAGUUACAGAAAACAUCGAGAGUCGUCGAGUUACUGGUCAUGUGGACUGUUUUAGAUCAAGGUUUUGUGCAUGAAGGAGCUGUAUAUAUAACUUAGAUUGAGAGUUCUCGACGGAGUGCCGAGCUAGAAUAAUUUAACUUAUUUUGACUUACUAGGAAAUUUUUUUUACAGAAUGAAUUUUGUUUUCGAGUUAUGUAACUUCAAACUUUGCAAAAUACGCAAAUUAUGACAAGAAACGCUAAUUCUAGCUUUUGAAGCGUUUUACCGUCUGGCUAAAAGAAGAAAAUCGAAACCAGAUUUAUUUAGAAACACUUUUUUCUUGUUUUCAAAAUCUCUUCGGAAGCAAAGUUUCCAACUCCAUCGGAACAUGUUUUAUGAACAAAAUAAUUUCUCUAUUUCAUUGCUUUUUUUUUUCCAAUCUAACGGUUUUUUUUUCAACAAAAAACCCCUUCAACAACUUUCAUGGACACGUACUUGACGGAGGAGCAUUUACGAAACUGUUCUAUCAUUAUUAUACAGACAAACCAGGCUCUUUCAUGAGGAAAUUUGUCUUCUCGGAGUCUCUCUCAGAAACAUUCAUCCAUUCAAUCUCUCGCAAAAAGACUUGCCGAAAAAAAGAGGUGAGGGGUGAAAGGGCGAGUGACGUCGCCAUGGAAAUAUGCUAAUUCGCGACGAUUUUGGUAAAGGUGGUUUCCGUUUCUUGGGUGGUUCCCAUUAGAAGGCCGACUCUCCUAAUUGCACAAAAGGCGGAGGGGCGGAGCAGAAGCCGCAGCAGCUGCCAGCGCAGUCGACGCGCCAACCGCCGUCGGAGCCGGUCACUCGGUCACCAGGUUACAGUAACCUACACCUGCUCUCUUUCUCUCCAUUACCUCUAUUUACUCGUUUUCCACGCUUUUCCCACUACUUCACGGUAAUUGGGUGGUUCGAUUAGACCAAGUUAUCACCAUACUACAUUCACCACUAGCUUGCCAGAGAAAAUUACAAGAAAAAAAAAAUCCUCGUAAUACUGUUUACCUAACAGUAUUGACUUCAUUGAUUAUCUUCAAUAACCCCGUGAUAAACAAACGCUGUUUGACAGUUUCCUUCAUAAUCGCUAUAUUUCUUUCGUGAUGGUCAAAUCCUCGGUUUCUGAACUCUAUGCAAUUUCAUCACAUCGAAUACUGAAUCAGAAUGCUUAAAAAGAAAAUUUUCAUCUUAAAACUGCACUAAAAUUUUUUGCUCUUUCGCAAAAUAGUACCUUGUAUUCAAAAUUAAACUUGAAUUUUCAUUCUUGAUAGCACCCCAUGAAAAUAACGUUCGAUUGAAAUUUUUUUCAACUUUCACGCUCACUUAUGUGAUUUUUUCCAAUACUCUCAUUUCAUCCUAAAGGUCGUAAAAUUUUAAUUUCAAACUUCUCAGAGCACUCGAGCAACAUACAUCGCAAAAUGGAAAUGAGAUCUUUUCUGCGUUGAAUCAUGUUUAGAAAACCAAAACACUGAAAAAAUUGUAAGCCUGAUAACUUUAUGAAAAUGUCCAGAUUUUCUCUACUGUGGGAAAAGAAUUAUCGACCUUGCUGAACUUCUCAUUUCACUCGAGCUCGAAAAAUCAAAGUAUUUUCCAGAUGUCCAUCUCGGACUACUGGCAGUUUCUGUCAGCUAAUCCGAGUCCUGUGCCAAGCUACGCCAGCACUUCGGCCUCGAACGAGGAGCACGAUCCGAAGGUCGACCAGCUCGCCAAGAUAGAUCUUGGCUAUGCGGCUCAGCUCACCCAGAUGCAGAUGAUGUGGAACCCAAUGCUUCUGCAGCAGUUUCUCACUUUGUUUCAGCUUCAGCAACCGAUUUGUCUCAAGGUAUUCGUAUCACGCGAAAACCGGUCAAAGUCAGAAAAUUAAGCCGGAAGAAAUUCCAACGAAGAACGUCGAAUCCAGAAAAAGACCCUUGGCCAUGCCUGAUCUCAAGAAAACGAAACUGCGAAAAAUUGGAGAAGACAUCGUGACAAACUCUCCCGUCAGCGGAAUGUUCAUCAAGGUUUGUCUUUUCGGUUAUAUUACAAUUUUCUUAUUUUUCGUAAAAAAAAAAGAGGGAUCAUUAAAUACUUGCUGUGGGAAGCUUCUCUGAAGAAGCCGGUUCGAGGUGAUUUGCAUAGAAAUCGUCGGCUUCUGGUAAAGAAGCUUCAUCCUGUCGGCCUAUUAAUUACCACCCACUGAGAAUCUCGCCUUCUGUCGCCGCAUUUUGAGCACAGAUUCCCUUAUUUGUGCUCGCAAAAAAAGCCGCCUGUGUGAAGAGUACUUAAUGCGAAAAAUAAUUUCCAAUCAGUGUUUUUUAUGCUUCCGUUGUUAAUAUAAUUGGUUAGAAGGGAAGAUUCAGCUUUUUUUGUUAACAAAACUAACUUGAUGAAAAAAGUGUAUUACUUACAAAUGGUUUCAGUCAAAAAGAAAAAAAAAUUUAACGAGAUGUCUUCUACUUUAAACUUUUCAUUUUUCAAAAUUUCACUUCAAUUUAGAAGAGGAAUCAAAAUUUAGUUGGCUCAGCUUGUCAAUGAAAAGCUUUCCUCUCUAAAAAGGCCGAAUUCCAGGAAGAAUCGGCGGUGCCACCAGUGGAAGAGCUGCAAAAGGAAGCGGACCUGUUGGACGAGACAGCCGCUUACGUCGAGGUGACGGAAGAGUCACGCAGCAAGAUCGAAGAAAUCCCCAACGUCAUCGGAGACUGCGUUUGUCGCCUCUGCAAGGUUGACGCUGUUCUAAGCUUUCCGGAAGGCAACUCCUCGAUUGCAGGUGAAAUACGAAGAUGUCUUCAAGCUUGCCCAGCACCGUUGUCCGCGGAUCGCCCAUGAGGAGUACAAGUGCCCAGAAUGCGAGAAGGUGAGCUUCCAAUGGCCUUUGUGCCACCGCCACUCUGGAUUAUGAGUCGUUGUUUGCGGUCACCCGCUGGCUGACUUCUUACAACGCCGCUCGACAUUAUUUACAGCUUCUAGAGCUACUUGACGCCACCUGUGUACUUUUUCAGGUGUUCUCGUGUCCGGCGAACCUGGCGUCGCAUCGCAGAUGGCACAAGCCCAGAGAGCCGGCCGUCACGACGACUGCUGCCUGCGAAUCGUGUGGAGCCGUCUUCGCGUCGAAGAAGCAGCUCAAGUCCCACGUCUCCGCAUGUCAUCUAGCAGUUUCCGCCACUCCGACUUCUGUCCUUCAAAACCUACUUUCUCAAGUUAUUCCCGCCGUCGGCGGCUGUUAA